AUGGCAGCAGGCGCGAUGGAGUUGCCCUUGCAUGCCGCUGUCACCGCUUUAUACCAUAGUGACGAUGCUUUAGACAAAUCUUUCGAGUUGCUUGGGAGUAUCUACGCAAUAUAUCCAGGCUCAACAGAGCUCUUGGAUCACCAGCGACGACCACCUCUGUACUACGCUUUAGAGCAACGCUGGGGACUGGAGAAACUUUCAUGGAUCGUGGAUAAAAGUUUGAACAAUGUCCUUGAAAAGGAUUCCGAUGGACUAUCCCCCGUCACACAUGCUCGCAUGAAUGGAUGCCCUGAAGAAUUGGUUAUUCGUCUCGCCGUUGCGGCUGCAUCUCGUUGCACCCUUGCUCUUGACGAGUUACUAAACGGUCAACACUUUGAAAGCGCUCGUCGGUUUUGCCAUCGCGCACUUCAAGAUUUCUUUGCUGGAGUUCCAAAAUUCCCACACGCACGAUGUCGUGAAGUACUGAACCUGUGUCGGAAAUAUGGUGAAGGUCACGCUUACACAGCUGCCAAGACGAUCAGGGAUGUUUGGAUACAAUACGAUGACACAUGGGGCCAUGUUGGUAAGCUACUGAUGCUUUUCAAGUGCAUUAUUCUCGACUUAGAACUGUGUCUUGACUCAGGUGCUCCAUUACUCCAACGAGAUCUCCCAGAAACUCUAUAUCCUGUUAUCGAUUCGUUUGUAGAAGUUGCUUUGGUCGCCAAAGGUGAACCGCUAACAUACCAGUGGUUCAUUCAACCAGACGGUCAAGAUGCCGGUGUCUCUAUCGACGGUGCUACUCAGUCAUUCAUCUUUAUAUCUCCCAGCAUUCAGCCUCACAAUGAAGGCAUUUACUACUGUGAGGUUUCAAACCGGUGUGGUAAAAUAGUCUCCACUCGGAUGGUGCUGCGUGUUGUUGAUGACCGUGUGCUUUUCGAUCCAGCACUAAAUUUCAUUGUGGAUCGAGCGCUGUUGACACCUGCCGCCCACACGGUGCGUUGUUUGAGAGCGAGUGCUGGUGGACGUGUAAACCACGAACAAACCGGUGCAAUAAUCGUCUUCCAGCCCGAUUUCUUUGUUUGUCUGGACCGCGAUGGCAACGAUGUAUCGGAUACACAUGGAGUUGAGAUCGCGAUUUCUCGUCGCGUAGAUGACGAGACGAAGUUAAUACUUCGCAAUGGAGAGAAACUCAUCAGUUGUUUGAUUGAAAUUCUGCCGAAAUCGAUGGGAGAUCUAUUGCGUCCUGCACUAUUCUGGUUGCCACACUGUAUCGUAGCUGAUGCAAGCUACACUGCCGUUGUUGUGGAAGUUGCUGCAAAUUCUGGACGAAUACUCCGAGAUGUGGAUCAUGCUUGUAUCAGUGAAGAGUUCGCUCGUGUGGCGAUCAAUCGGCUUGGUACGUUUGCAGUUAUAAGCCGACCGAAUAAUUUGAGUAACGAUGGAGGAAAUUCCAAGUCAGCAGUUGAACGUGCACGGUUGUUUAUCCUGCGUCCAAAGAAUUUGUCUGCCAGCUCACUGUCUGAAAUCAAAGUAUUGUUGACAUUGGUGCGCGAUCUUCCGAAUUGCUGUCUUGAAGCAGAGUCGAGACUACGCGAAAUAGCAGUAGAAGUGGACUCAGAACGAGAGUGGGUUGUUGACUCUUUUCAGCUUUCGAUUCCGGAAAACCUCGCAUUGAACGUUGAAAUCGCCGGAGGGGGUCGAGUCAUCUUCCGGUGGCCUCCUCCUUCAUCCGAAGUUGUGGCUUCCAAUGUGGAUAUUUCAUUGGAGAAUUUGCUGUCUUCUUCAGACAGUGAUGUUGAUAAAAACCACCCAGCCUUCGUAAAACUUCCGAUUAGGGCAGGAGUGUGUAAAACGUCGGUUCAAAAGUACACUCGAGUGAAUUCCGUCGGAUUCAGAAGUUCUGAUGAGAUUUCAAGCCCUGAUUCUAAGUUGUUGGAGCGAGAUUGGACCGUGCUGAUACCAUUUUUACGGGACGCGAAAGAAGAAUUCGAUACAUCGCCACCUACACCGUCACUGGUUGAACGAACAAACACGCAUCUUGUGCUGGAGUUGAAUCCAACUCCAGAAAGCCAGCACGAAGAAGUUAAUGCUUACCAAACCACUAAAAGUGAAGAACGUGCCGGAACAAUCGAGCAGAGAACGUUUACGCCGUAUUUUUACGUCGUUGAGAUGGCAACCUUUUCGCCAACCUUCUGGCGUCGGUAUGAUCAGACGUGGUGGUUCGACAAAACGAAGACUAAUAUCAUUGACGGGAUGUAUAAGGUUUUACAUCGCGGGUUUGGUACGAAAGUUACGAUAUCUACCUCCGCUUAUGCGGGUUGUAUACGUGUAGCCAGCUGCAGUAUUGAUCGUUUCGGAGACUACUGUAAUCCCUUACUCUUACCACCACUGGAUGGCGAGCCGCUGUUUGGUCAAGAACUGGCAGCAAUAGUUUAUCACUCUGCUGAAAUGGAAACGACAAGUUCCAGACUGCAGCAGCUACUUGACGAUCUCCAGAUCGACAGUCGUGCACUAAACAGGAUCUAUGGUCUACCACGAUCUGUAAGAAAUGCAACCGACGCAGUGGCAGCGCUGCUGGACAACAAAAUGACACUUAGAUCGUGUAAUUUUGAGCUUGCACUAUUGUUGUCGGGCUACAAAACGUUGGAGAGACAACUCACACAAAUUAAACUCGCAAGCGACUACUACAUAAAACUCAUGGAGCCCUUUCUGCGCGUUCAACGAGUACUCCCAGGGCUGGAAAGGUGUCCUAUCGAUAGUAUGCCAAUUAUCCACCGCCUCCACGAAUUAUUAAGGGAAGCUUACGAAGUCAUCGCCAAGCUAUCCUCUCCAGGAUGGUUGCAGUACUUUCUUAUGGACGAAUGGUUCGAAGACGCACUACACAAGGUUUUUGUGAGCCUAGCAGAGAUCCUGGCUAGCGACUGCUGUAGUCUGCAAUGCGCUCGGGUGCUUCGAACUGAACUAGAAGUACCCGCAGACAGCAGUAUCCCGUGGAUUAUGAAGACGGUGCGAUCAUAUCUACGCAUCGCUGUGGGUCGUCUCGAGGAAGCAACUGAUCAAGAGGCAAAGCUACUGGUUUGUCAUGAAUUAUGCCAUACUUUGCAUCUCCAUUCCGAUAGCGCUCAAAGUGACGGUGAAGAAGAUCCCAUUGCAGCCAAGUUCCUCACUGAAUUUGAGUCACCAGAGUCGCAGCGAGCGCUAAAAACUUUGCGCCAGCAAGAUUCCUUCUCAAAGCACUUGGUGUCAGUGACACCACAAGAUGGAGAAAAAUGUGCUCACGUGCCUGACGCUGUUCACUUUGACUUGGAUCCGUUCAUCCGAGGCGUGAAUCGCACUGGAAUGCACCUCGUUAUACGGGUAGCAAACGAAUCUCUUGACAAUUGUGUUGUCCAGGGGAAGGCUACUUUCUGCGAGCGCACAGCUAGACUAAGUUUCAUCCCCGCAGCAGAGUUCGAACAUAAAAGCCGAUACCGUGUUAGCGUUCGUGAACACGAGAUUCUGUCAAGUCUCGGUGGCACAUUACCUGAACGACCACCAUUUACGAUUCACUUUUCAACUCCAGCAUAA